AUGGUUGCCUUAUGUGCCACGUUUCUUGUCCUUCUCUCAAUCUUUCUUUCAUUUCCACCAACUGUCCGAGGAAAUGCAGAGUUAAAAGCCCUAAUGGAGCUCAAAUCGUCGCUUGACCCUGUAAACAAGCUUCUCCGAUCAUGGACGUUCAACGGCGACCCAUGCGACGGAUCUUUCGAAGGAAUUGCCUGCAACCAGCAUCUGAAAGUCGCCAACAUAUCUUUACAAGGGAAACGUCUCACCGGAAAACUGUCUCCGGCGGUUGCAGAGCUCAAAUGCUUGUCAGGUCUUUACUUACAUUACAAUAGCCUCUCCGGAGAGAUACCUCAAGAGAUCACAAAUCUCACGGAAUUAACAGAUAUCUAUCUCAAUGUUAAUAACUUCUCCGGUGAGAUUCCGGCAGAGAUCGGCUCCAUGGCUGGCUUGCAAGUUAUGGAUCUUUGCUGCAACAGCUUAACAGGGAAUAUACCAAAAACCAUUGGAUCCUUGAAGAAACUAAAUGUGUUGUCUCUGCAACACAACAAACUAACCGGAGAGGUUCCUUGGAGCUUAGGGAACUUGAGCAUGUUAAGUAGGCUUGACUUGAGCUUCAACAAUCUCUUAGGAACAAUCCCAAAAGCCCUAGACAACAUUCCUCAGCUUGACACUCUUGACUUGCGCAACAAUACUCUCUCUGGCUUUGUUCCUCCUGGUCUCAAGAAGUUAAACGGAAGAUUCCAGUUUGAGAACAACACCGGUUUAUGUGGCAUCGAUUAUCCUUCUCUUAGAGCUUGUUCUGCUUUCGAUGAUGCGAAUAUCGAACAACUCAAGCAGCCUCCAGGUGAAGUAGACACUGAUAAAUCAACUCUCCACAACAUUUCCGAGACUGUAUAUCUUCAAAGUCAUUGCAACCAAGAACACUGCAAGAAGUCAUCAUCAAGACUCCCACAAGUUGCUUUGAUCUCAAGCGUUGUUACGGUAACUAUAACUUUGAUCGGUGCCUGUUUAUUGACCUUCUUUCGCUACAGAAGAAGUAAGCAAAAGAUAAGCAACACAGCUGAGCCUUCCGAGGGAAGACUUAGCGUAGAUCAACAGCAAAAAGAUCUCCGUGCAUCGCCUCUUAUGAGUCUUGCAUACACCAAAGAAUGGGAUCCACUCGGAGAUAGCAGAAACGGAGCUGAGUUUGCACAAGAUCCUCAUCUCUUUGUUGUUAAUAGCAGCUUCAGGUUUAACCUAGAAGAGGUUGAAUCUGCAACACAAUGCUUCUCAGAGUCUAACUUAUUGAGCAGAAACAGCUUUACUUCGGUUUUCAAAGGAACCCUCAGAGAUGGUUCUCUUGUAGCUAUCAGAAGCAUCAACAUAAGCAGUUGCAAGAAUGAGGAAGUCGAGUUCAUGAACGGUUUGAAGCUUUUAUCUUCGCUUUCGCAUGAAAACUUAGUGAAGCUGCGAGGAUUCUGCUGUUCUAGAGGCAAAGGAGAGUGUUUCCUCAUCUAUGAUUUUGCUUCAAAAGGAAAGCUCUCGAACUUUCUUGAUUUACAAGAACAAGAAACCAGUCAUGUUCUUAAUUGGCCUGCAAGAGUCUCUAUCAUCAAAGGAAUUGCAAAAGGUAUUGCCUACUUGCAUGGAAGUGAUCAACAGAAGAAGCCUACGAUUGUUCAUAGAAACAUCUCUGUCGAGAAGAUCCUACUCGAUGAGCAAUUUAACCCGUUGAUCGCUGAUUCGGGUCUUCACAACCUUCUAGCAGACGAUUUAGUCUUCUCAGCACUCAAAACAAGUGCAGCCAUGGGAUACUUAGCUCCAGAGUACGUGACAACCGGAAAGUUCACUGAGAAAACAGACGUUUUUGCCUUUGGAGUCAUCAUUCUACAGAUACUCUCAGGCAAGCUAAUGCUUACAAGCUCGCUGAGACUUGCAGCUGAAAAUGGAGAGCAUUGUGGUUUCAUGGAUGAGUAUCUCCAUGGAGAGUUUGAUAAACCAGAGGCGAGUGCGUUGGCGAGGAUUGGGAUAAGCUGUACACAGGAGAUUCCAAACAACAGACCCAAUAUAGAGACACUGCUUAUGGAGAUAAAAUGUAUGAAGAGUGUGAAUGAGUCUGGUUUUUAG